UGAACUUUGAAGAUCAAACACACUACACUCUGCACCUUUCGAACUCCAAUGCACAACUCAUCACGAACUCUCACUCAAAAUGACACAAACACCCUCGUACACUGUUGAAAACCCUAGUUUCGAGCCUACAAAGGUUAAGAAUCAAUACAACAUAUACUAUUCGUUUCUCCCGAUCCUCUUAUCGAUCUUCACCUACAUUUUGAUCUUCUACGUCCUGGACGUAUCUCCUCUGUUGAUCUUCAACAACACAAAGAUCUUGUUCUUCAUCUCAAACACACUUGUCCUCUUCAUAGCGGCGGAUUACGGUGCAUUCGCUGAGAGAGAGAACCACGACCUCUACGGAGAAUACGCGGCCAGGACGAGAAGCGAUAGAUCGGAAAACUCGGACUAUGGGAUGGGUUUGGCGGAAGAAAUCAAGAAAUGUGAGAAACAAAAAGAAGCAGUUCUACCACGUUACUUGCUUCACAAGGAAGAUGAAGUUCCUGAGAAAACAUUACAAGUCGUAAGCGAGAAUACCCCGAGAAGCAAACUUAUCCAAAAACAAGAGCCAACGACUGAGAACAACAUCAGUAACGGAGAAACUUGCAACGCAAGGAAGAAGGUGAACCCUAAACCCUACGGGAGAAGCAAAUCCGAUAAAGCACGUUCAGAACGUCGUCAUCAAGAGAUCAAACCUAGACCUAAAAGUUACCGCCGAAGCAAAUCAGACGAUAGCUCGAAAUGGAUGGUUGUUCACAAGGAGAAGAAGAAGGCUCAUGAGGAGGCGGAGGAGAAGUGGGAGAAUGUAAGAGAAGAAUCUGAAGAAUUCGCGAAGAUGUCGAACGAGGAGGUGAACAGACGAGUCGAAGAUUUCAUCCAACGGUUCAACAGAGAUAUCAAACGACAAAGUUUAGUCUAAGUUCAGUUUCAUUUAAUUUGUCGUAAUACGGCAAAGUCUAGUCAACCUUUUUGUGUCAUUUUUUGUUUAUUAUUUUUACUUUGCUUUUA